AGCUCCCUCCCUGCCUGGCUCACUCACAGUAUGACACUGAGUGAGAGCGGGGACACCGAGCUACUGACCGGGAUGGUGCCAGGGUCCAGGCUGUGGUAGCCCCCUCCUCUGACAAGGUUGAUGGCCUCUAAAGGCGGUAAAGAUGGGUACUACAGGAAUGACCUGGAGAAAUCCUCACUCAAGUCCCCCCAGUCUGUGGAUCGUGUAAAGAGAAAUAGUGGAGACCCCUACUGGUCCAGGAUGGAGUCCCGGAUGUGGACGGGGACUCUGCUGGUGGGGACAUGUCUCCUGUACUGUGCCCGUUCAACCAUGCCCAUCUGUGCUGCCACCAUGAGCGAGUCCUUCGGCUGGAGCAAGCAGCAAUCUGGGAUCAUACUGAGCAGCUUCUUCUGGGGGUACUGCAUGACGCAAGUUCUGGGAGGACAUCUUAGUGAUAAGCUUGGAGGAGAGAGAGUCAUCCUUCUAUCAGCUGUGACAUGGGGGCUCAUUACGACAAUCACCCCGCUCGCUGUCUACGUGACAUCACAUCCCCUCGUCCUCAUCAGCUUUCUACGCUUCCUCAUGGGACUUUUUCAAGGUGUUCAUUUCCCCGCUCUGGCCAGUCUCUUCUCGCAGCGCGUGCGUGAAAGUGAGCGUGCCUUCACCUGCAGUGUAGUAGGAUGCGGCUCUCAGUUUGGUACGCUUGUGAUGGGAGGUGCUGGCUCGCUUCUCCUCGAGUGGUACGGCUGGGAAACCGUCUUUUACUUUGCUGGCUUUCUCACUGUGCUGUGGGGAUAUUGCGUGUGUGCCUACCUGCUGAAAAAAAAAGAGAAAGGUCUGACGUUUGAAGAUUUGGAAAAAAGUUUUUCACCUUCUGCCGUGACGCACGUGAACUGGAAGCAGUUUUUUAAGAAGGCUCCUGUAUGGGCUGUGAUCAUUGCCCAGAUAAGCGUGGCCAGCACGGCAUUCACUCUUUUCUCCUGGUUGCCCACAUUCUUCAAGGAACGAUUCCCAGAUGCCAAGGGCUGGGUGUUUAAUGUUGUUCCGUGGGUUGUUGCUAUCCCUGCAGCGGUUUUCAGUGGAUUCCUGUCGGAUUAUCUUAUUUCAAAGGGCUAUAAAACUGUCUGGGUUCGGAAGGUCAUGCAGAUGUUCGGAAUGGGAGUCUCCAGCCUCUUCGUGUUAGGUCUCGGGCAGACAGAUGCCUAUUGGCAAGCCAUCUUGUUUGCCUCAUUGGCAGUGGGACUGCAGACCUUUAACCACAGUGGUGUAACUGUGAACGUACAGGAUCUAGCCCCGUCCUGUGCUGGUUUACUUUUUGGUGUGGCUAAUACUGGUGGAGCUCUGCUUGGCGUGAUUUGGGUUUACCUGUCUGGAUACUUCAUGGAGACCACCGGUUCCUGGGAUCCCAUGUUCCUUCUAGUGGUGGUGGUGAAUGUCAUCGGUUUAUUGGUUUUCACGGAAUUUGCCAAAUCAGAGCGAAUGGACACUGAAGUGGUUCAGGUCUAGAUGGAGAAGGACAGGAGGGCGAUAUCCCUGGCUUUAACCCUGCCACGGCGUGCCAGCUCGCCACCUACAAAACUUUCAGUAAAAGACAAUAUAUUAACCCUUUGGUGACUGUGUAUUCAGUGGAUAUCUGAGCCAUUUUAAAUUCACUAUUUUGUCAGUAGCUACCGGAAGACUAUCACAACUGUGGGAAAAACUACAGAGGAGCCAGCAGAGUGUCUUACUGUAAAAGUGCCAAUUUUAUUUAUGUGAAGAUUUUAUUUAUUUUACAUCCAUGUUUAAUAUGUGGCUAUAGUAUAUUAUUCACAAAGUCGAAUAGUGAUUUACAUAAUGAACUAUGUAUAGCAGAUUGUAUGUGUGUGUAAUAUAGAAUGUAAUAUACACAAACCUCACUGUACAAAAUCUGUAACAUUUCUAAUAUUAUACAGUCUGUCCGUCCACUAGAUUAUACAGUCUGUCCGUCCAGUACAUUACAGAGUCAGUAAUACAUACUGUAAUAUACCCCACACCCACUAUACUAUACAGUCUGUAAUAUACCCCUCUCGUCCAGUGCAAUAUAGUAAUAUCCAUACUGUAAUAUACCCACGCCCACUAUAUUAUACAGUCAGUAAUACAUACUGUAAUAUACCCACGCCCACUAUAUUAUACAGUCAGUAAUGUACCUACUGUAAUGUACCCCACGCCCACUAUAUUAUACAGUCAGUAAUACAUACUGUAAUAUACCCCACACCCACUAUACUAUACAGUCUGUAAUAUACCCCUCUCGUCCAGUGCAUAGUAAUAUCCAUACUGUAAUAUACCCCACGCCCACUAUAUUAUACAGUCAGUAAUGUACCUA